ACGCCGGAUCGCGCGGGGGGGGACCUGCGCCAGGCUUGCCCCGGUGCAGCCACAUCAGCCCAAGGAGAUUGGCCGCUCAGAUGCGGGAAGUCGAUUGCUGAGGUCUGGGGCGAGACGCACCUUCCUCCCUCCGGCCUCAGCGCCGCAGAUCCGGCUGCAGCAGAGAAGGGGGGCAGAGGGGGAACCAGCCCCACAGCGGCCCGCGGGUGGGAGAUCCGCGCGCCCCUUCCAAGAUGGCGUCCGCCAACGACACCCGGCAGGCCCAGAAAGAUGCCGCCGACCAGAACUUUGACUACAUGUUCAAGCUGCUGAUCAUCGGGAACAGCAGCGUGGGGAAGACGUCCUUCCUGUUCCGCUACGCCGACGACUCCUUCACCUCGGCCUUUGUCAGCACCGUGGGCAUCGACUUCAAGGUGAAGACGGUCUAUAGGAACGAGAAGAGGGUCAAGCUGCAGAUCUGGGACACCGCAGGGCAGGAGAGAUACCGGACAAUCACGACGGCUUAUUACCGAGGAGCCAUGGGCUUCCUGUUGAUGUACGACAUCGCCAACCAGGAUUCCUUCAACGCCGUGCAGGACUGGGCGACUCAAAUCAAGACCUACUCUUGGGAUAAUGCCCAGGUGAUCCUGGUGGGGAACAAGUGUGACCUGGAGGACGACCGAGUGGUGGCCACGGAGGAUGGCAAGCGGCUGGCUGAUGAGCUAGGGUUUGAAUUCUUCGAAGCCAGCGCCAAGGACAACAUCAACGUCAAGCAGGUCUUUGAGCGCCUGGUGGACAUUAUCUGCGAGAAGAUGAACGAGAGCCUGGACACCAACCCCACCCUCGUCAGCAACAGCAAGAACGGGGCCCUGACCGAGACUCCGCCCCCGCAGUCCAGCAGCUGCUCUUGCUAGAUAACAGACUCCGCCCACCUAUGGCGCCUCUCCCCCCCUCCCCCCCACCGCCGCAGCGGUCACAUUGAUGUCAUAGAUAAAUAGGAUGGGACGUUAUGGGGAGAGGCACAUCUCUUGGGCUGCUGCCCCAAUGUUUUUCUAUUUGCCUAUGACAACAAUGCAGUGGAGUCGCCCUCCCUUUCCUUAUCCCCAAUCCACGGUUCGUCCGUCCCGGCAAUCACGGCCAGCUGAGGGAUGAGGAACAUGAGCCCAUCCACCAGACCUCAGAGGUGGUGGGGCAGGCACAGGCCCCCCACAGCUGAUGCAAAUUGGCCUGACUUCCUUUGACUUUGAUGGCGCUGACGUGGGUGCUACGGAUCCAACGGGGGUUCGAUGCCUCAGCAGAUCCUCGCUGUCUUCGGAGCAUGUCUGAUAUUAACCAAGCCCUAGGUGCAGCUUUGCAAAAGGCUGGGGCAUCGAACCCCCAUAUAGAUCUGUGACAACUGCUCUGUGUUUGUAAGGGGAUGGAGAGGGGUGCCCGGGGGGAGGGGGAGGAAGAUGUGGGGUGGUUUCCUGCACAGGGUUUGCUGCACGUUGGUGUGAGGGACAUUAAUCCUCAUGCUGGAAAACAGGUGGUGGGAGAGGGGGGAGAUCCAUUUUCAUCUCCAUUUUCCACUGAAAAUUUCAGGUUUUUCCCAGGGAAAAUUUGUGUCCUGAACAUCUUUGACCAAAAGUCGGAGCAACUUUGAUUCUGAAAUGCCUCCUGGGUGUUGUAGUCCGGGUGCCUCGUGCUCCUGCUCUCUUCUGUAGACUGGACUUCUUGGUCAGACUACAUCUCCCAUGAUGCACCACACUCUAGCCCUGGUGCAGCAUGGGAGACGUAGUCCAACUAAGGAACCUGGCUCAUAUUGGAGAAUGGGAGCUCGAGGCCAAUGAACUACAACUCCCAUGAGGCACCACUGCAGCAUUUCCAAAGCAACUCAACCCCAAAUGACGGCUUCCCAUAGAGUCACACACUCUGUAAAUGGCCAGGGGUCCCUAGUGCACUCCCCUACCUGGUGCAUUUGUUUGCACUAGUGUCAAAUGCUCCUGUGCGGGGGUUGCAGUGAAAAUGACAACAAAAGGCACUGGAGAGUCGGGCCCUCUCUUUGUUUUCUUUCCUCGAAGCAUCUCCUGCUUUUGGGGUCUGCGGUUGGGGGACUUGCCUUGAGGGAGCUGCCUUAAAGGUGGGGGGUGCCUGGCACUUCCUGAAAAUUGGGUCCCUUUAAGCAGCCUCCGGUUGAGCACCCCAACCCUGGAGGCACCAAAAAUCAUUAGCCAUUUGUGUGGGGGGAGAGGGGUAAACCCCGAGAGGCUCAGCUCACACUGACCCUCCGCUGGUGUAAAUGGGUGUCUGGCCCUUCUCACGCAAAUGGAGCGAUACUGGUUUACACCAGCUGGGGAUCUGGCCCUUCUUGUGCCAAUGCAACAAUACUGGGUUUACACCAGUUGGGGAUCUGGGCCUUAAUGUAGAAAGGGGCCAGGGGAGAGACAAGACCACGGAUUGGGAAAAAUGUAGAAUACCUUCAAUGUAUCGGAUCAGUUUGAACCAACACCUGCAGGCCUAGGAGUCUGGUAAAACCAAAGGUCCUGGGCCUGAUUUCCCGUUGCACUGAGCCUUGUACAGUGGUUUAUUUACACAAGGCUGUGAGGGCUUAAAAUCAAUCCAAGCGGGUUUGCAUGAGUGGUGCAUGGAGGGAGGGGUUGCGGUGCAGGGCACUGGGGAAUUGGACCAGUUUGGCUGCAAGGGCCAAGGGAUACAGAGACUUCCCCCCAUCUUGGGGUGUUGGUUCCAGGCUGGAGCCUGGCUUGGCAGUGACUGAGACCCUAAUCUCAUGCAGACAGCACGAGAGCUUGCCCCAGGCUUGAGGCCUCGGGAUCCGUCGCUCUUUGAUUCGGCGUCCUACCCUGGGAGGGGCUGGUGGGCUGCGGGGAAGCUGAGGCAGAGCUGCCCUAGAACCGAGCCUCGCAGGGCAGCAUUGAGGAGCAAUGCCACGCUGGGGUGGGGAGCGCCCGGGGUGUCUGAAUUGGCUUCAGGUUGGGAUUUCGGGGUGCCUGGGGCCCAGAUCCCCUUGCAGUUCCCUGGGAUUUGAGGACAUCUGACUCCCCUUAUGAUGCCUUCUGCUCCCAGCUUGCAUUAAUUAUCCCCAUCAGCCCCAAAGACUUCAGUGUUGUUAUUUUUGGGAGGUGCCACGCAGGCACCCAAUGGGGCACCUUCCAGAAAGCUUUAGCUGAUAGAUGAGCCUCGGAUAACCCCCCGAGGGAGGAAAAUCAUUGGAUUCCCCACUGGGGAUGGCUAUGCUUGGACCUGGACCAGGGCAUGACUCUUGGUUACUUCCCUACUUCUGGGGUCAUGCCUAGUCCCUGUGUCAGCUAGAGCAGCCACUGGGCUGCUCUAUUUCAUGCUCUGUUUCCCAAGAGCCCUUGCUGAAGCAUGGAGUACCCACAAUGCAGUGUGUUCCAGCCACCCCCCCACACACACACUCGGUUCAGUGCCCUGAUGCCAGCUUCCCAUUGGCUGGAGUAGGCCCUGCCCCUGCACAGAGUGUGUGUGUGUGUGUGUGUGUGUUGGGGGGGGAGGCAGGAUUUUCAGGUGAGGCUGUCUCCGCCCACUUUAUUCAACCUUAAAGGGGCCUUAAAUGAGAAUCAGCCUCUGGAAUCUGGACUCAGUGUGUCAGCUGCCCCAUACUGCAUUCCAGGGUGACAUGAGCACUCCUUGAUGUCCCGGCCGCGCUGGGACACGGCGAGUUUUGGCUGGAAAAGGUACAACAGUCCACUUCCGUCCCACGCUGCAUGGAUCAUUUCAACCCCUCCACGGCUAUCGAUUAGCUUCUCGCUGGAGCAAACUUUGGUUCAACAACUCGGCUCUCCUGGAGUCCGAUCUCACAGCUUUCUGUGCAGCAAGCGCUCAGGGCUCGGCUGCAGGGACCGGUGCGCUGGGGUGACCAGGCAGCAAGGGUGAAAAAUCGGGAUGGGGGGGGUAAUAGACACCUAUAUAAGACAAAGCCCCAAAUAUCAGGACUGUCCCUAUAAAAUCGGGACAUCUGGUCACCCUACGGUGCGCCGUCCCUCCACUCACAAUGCAAUGCUUAUACGCUUCGCACCCCAGCCGUGCAGAGUGUUUUGGCCGUGGGGUGUGUGUGUGUGUGUUAAAGGAAAGUGUCAAGUCGCUCACAUUUCCAGGGGAUGUGCACUCUUUAAAAACGGAGGAGAGGCCAGUUUCUUACUUUGAAAACAAAAGUGCCUUUAGCAAAAGCCAAACCAUUGAUCGGUCACGUGUAAAUAUCCACACUCCCAGCUAAGCUGUAGCCUAGCGGUAGAAGCCUUGUUUAACCUUCUGCCCUUUUCUUCUUGGCCAGAUCCCAUCGAUGCCUUUCUCCCUCCUCCCCCUUUUCGAGAAUUAUUUAAGAGAGAGAGAUGCACAGAGUUCAAGGCCAGAAGGGAUCAUUCAUUCAUCCUGCCUGACCCGCUGUGGAUCAGAGGCCAUGAAAUUUCAUCCAGUUACCCCUGACUUGAGCCAAAGAUAAAUACGCUUGCAUUGGUAUUUAAAAUCCCUGCGGUCAGAUCUCUGUAAGGGGGGGGGGGGGGAGUUUAUAACUGAUGUAGCAUGUGAACGUUGGGAAGGAGGGAUCCACCCCCAAAAAUAAGCCUAAAUAAAUUUAAACCUGACCAAAGUGGGAUUUAGGUAUGACGGGGGCAGGGAUGGUCUUUUUGUUCUGUGUUUGUACAGGGCCUGGCAUACUAGGCCAUGACCAGGCUUCUGAGCGCUACCAUAAUAUGCCUAAUAAAGAAUAAUAAUGCCUUUGAAAAUCACAACAGAA